AUGAGAAAUGAAGUGAAACAAAUAUUUGCCAACCAAAAAAUCUCGGAAUAUCUUAACCAAACCCUUAUUGCCUUGAUACCAAAGCAAUUGGGACCUGAGACAGUUGGCCAAUAUAGACCUAUAAGCCUAUGUAACAUUGUGUAUAAAAUUGUCUCUAAAAUCCUUGUUCAAAGAAUUAAACCCCUGCUGCCUAGACUUAUUUCUCCUAUGCAAGCUGCUUUUCUGGAAGGGAGGAGAGGUUCAGAUAACGUAAUCAUUGCUCAAGAGCUUAUUUAUUCCCUUGGGAAAAGAAGAGGUAAAGAAGGGUAUAUGGUGGUGAAGAUAGACUUGGAGAAAGCCUAUGAUCAUUUAGAAUGGAGUUUUAUUAGGAUGAUACUCAUACACUUUGGGUUUCCUGAAAACAUCAUCAAGCUCAUCUUAAGCUGUGUGGCUACAUCAUCUACUUCCCUUCUCUUCAAUGGAAGCAAACUUCAACCCUUCUGCCCCUCAAGAGGAAUCAGGCAAGGAGAUCCCAUCUCUCCCUAUCUAUUCCUUUUAUGCAUGGAGUUUCUUGGAGCUCAAAUAACCAAGAUGUGUGAGGAUAAUAAGUGGGAUAUGGUCAGAGCAUCCAGGAAUGGGCCUAGUUUCUCUCAUGUUCUUUUUGCUGAUGAUAUUCUACUCUUUGCUAAAGCUAAUACCAAGAAUUGCAAUUCUAUUAUGGAAGUUCUUAACAACUUUUGUAACCUGGCUGGGCAGAAGGUAAACUAUGGUAAAUCUAGAAUAUUCUUUUCUCCAAAUGUUCCUGCUAGGAGGCGGAGGCCUAUGUGUAGGAAACUGGGGAUCAUUGCUACCAAUAACCUUGGUAAAUAUUUGGGCUUUCCCAUCAUCCACAAAGGCAGAGUUGAGUAUUACAUGCAGUGCCAUAGCCUUCUAGUUAAAGUGUGUGAUUCCAUUGAUAAAAUGAUGAGGGAUUUCAUUUGGGGGUCAACUGAGGAAAGGAGGAGAAUGCAUAUGGUGAGGUGGAGUACUGUUACGUUGCCCAAAGAGUUGGAAGGAUUGGGGCUUUUUUCAAUGAAGCAUAGAAAUGAAGCCAUUUUAGCCAGACUUUGUUGGAGGCUUGCCUAUGAGGAAGGGAAGCCAUGGGCAAAUAUGCUAUUAGCUAAAUACCUCUGUUCCAACAGAGUAACUGAAGAAGGUAGGCAUUUGCCUUGCUCUCGGAUAUGGGCUGCUUGCAAAAAGGGAGGGCCUAUUUAUGUCAAAGGCUUAAGAUGGACCGUUAGAAAUGGGGAAGCUGUGAGCAUGUGGAGGGAUAUCUGGCUGCCUUGUGGGAGAUUAAGGGAGCUAAUUGAAGGACCCUUGACCCGAGAGGAAGAAAAAUUAACUGUUAGACAAUGCUUUGAUGAUAACCAUGCUUGGAAGCCUUCAAGCAUCUCCUUUGAGCUUCCAGCAAGUGUGUUCAACACCAUUAAGGCCACACCCUUCUCUUUUGUGAAUCAAGGAAGUGAUAGUCUCAUGUGGGCCUAUUCCAAUAAUGGCUUAUUCUCUAUCCAAGCUGCCUAUCUUCUUGCAAGGGGUUUAAACCCCCUGAACCCGGAUACUUUGUCAUUUAAAUGGGGCACUUAUUCAGGAGCUGUGAGGUUGCUUACCAAUUCUGGUCGCAGCUGCAAGUGCCCCAUUGCACCAAAAAUUCAUUCACUCUUCCCUUUAAUGCUUGGUUGGAAGUCAAUUGUAAUGAUGAUAUGGAGAAAAUGCAUUCAAGCCGGUGCUGAAUUUUUCGCCAUUGGGUUUGCUUCUAAGAUCAAGCAACAAAAAUCCAUUGUUCCUGUGGGUUGGGAGAAGCCACCGAGGGGUUGGUUGAAACUCAAUACCGAUGGUUCAGCUAUGAGGAAUCCAGAAAGAGCUGGUGGAGGGGGGUUAAUUAGAGAUCAUGAUGGGGAUUGGCUAAAAGGUUUUGCAAGAGGUCUUGGGUUUACUAAUAGUGCCUUGGCUGAGCUUUGGGCACUUAGAGAUGGACUACUACUAGCUAAGGAAAUGGGCAUUCAGCAACUUAUAAUAGAACUUGAUGCUUUAAGCAUUGUUCUUCUAAUGAACAAUGAAUCUAAAAACCUCUUAAUGGAGCCUCUCUUAUCUGAUUGCAGGAGCCUCUUGAAGGAAAUUCCAAACAAGCGCGUGAUCCAUGCUUUCCGAGAAGCAAACCAAUGCGUUGAUGCAUUAGCUAAAAUAGGAGUGCAAUCUUCGUAUAGUUUUGUUACUUUUUGUAACCCACCGCCUGUGGUGGAGGAUAUAUUAGCGUUUGACAAGGCUAAUUUAUGUUGUAAUAGACUUGUGAAUUCCUAA